AUGAAUUGUCACCACGAAGUGCUGCGGGUGCAGCGCCACGCCAGCGAGGAGGAGCUCAAGAAGGCCUAUCGGAAGCUGGCCCACAAAUGGCACCCGGAUAAAAAUCUGGAUAAUGCUGCAGAAGCAGCCGAACAAUUUAAACUAAUCCAAGCAGCGUAUAAUGUGUUGAGCGACCCUCAGGAAAGAGCGUGGUGCAAUAAUCAUAGAGAAGCUCUGGUGAAAGGUGGACGUGAUGCAGAAUAUCAAGAUGACAGCUUAGAUUUGCUUCAGUAUUUCACUGUGACCUGCUACCCUGGUUAUGGCGAUGAUGAAAAGGGCUUUUACACGGUGCACCGUAAUGACUUUGAAAUGAUUGCAAAGGAAGAACUAGAAUCUGCUUUAGAAGAGGACAUGGAAGAUUUCCCAACUGUUGGAGACUCCCCGAGUGACUAUGAUAUGGUAGUCCCAUUCUAUGCUUACCGGCAGAGUUUCUGCACUCAGAACUUUGCUUGGAAAGAAGAAUAUGAUACACAGCAGGCUUCAAACGGCUGGGAGAAACGAGCCAUGGAAAAAGAAAACAAACGAAAAAGUGAGGAAAAGCGAGGAAAGGGGAGGAAGGAGAAUGAACUUGUCCGUCAGCAGGUCGCUUUCAUCCGUAAAAAGGACAGAAGAGUGCAGGCUCAUCGAAAGCUUGUGGAAGAACAAAAUGCAGAGAAGGUGAGGAAGACCGAGGCGAUGAGGCGGCAGCAGAAGCUAAAACAGGCCAAGCUGGCAGAGCAGUACAGAGAGCAGAGCUGGAUGUCAGUGGCUGACUUGGAGAAGGAGCUCAGGGAGAUGGAGGCACAAUAUGAAAAGCAGUUUGGAGAUGGAUCAAGUGAAGAUGAAGCGGAAGAACUGGAGCUCAGAGACGGACAGGAUGGUAAAGACAGUGAUAAGGCUGAGGAUGCACAACUUUAUGAUGGCCUUUACUGCCCCACGUGUGAUAAGUCUUUCAAGACCAAAAAGGCUGUGAGGAAUCAUGAAAAAUCAAAGAAGCAUCGGGAAAUGGCUGCCUUGUUAAAACAACAGUUGGAGGAGGAGGAAGCAAAUUUUUCAGGACCUCAAACUGGUAAAAACAGUCUGAAUGUCAAUUCCGAGGAAGAAAUGGAGGAGGCACCAAAACAAAAGCUUUCUAAAAAACAGAAGAAAAAGAAACAGAAACCAGCACAGAACUGUGAUGAUAAUUUCAAUGAAAAUGGAACUGGAGAAGCAGUAAAGGUUGACCUGGAAGAUACCAACCUAAAUGAAAACAGUGCCAAAGAAUUGGAAGAUAGUCUCCAAGAAAAUGUUGGGGUCACAGAGACUGUGGAACUGUGCAAUGACCCAAAAACUGAGGCUAAAAGGGUUUCUAAACCCAAAGGAAAGAAAGCCGAAGAUACUAAAAAGUCCGUCAGAGUACCUGCUGAACCACAGACAAUGAGUGAUGUGCUUAUCAGCUGUACAACCUGCCACAGUGAAUUUCCAUCCCAGAAUAAACUUUUUGAUCAUCUAAAGGCCACCGGUCAUGCAAGAGCACCUUCAUCCUUAACAUCUUUAAACAAUGUAACAAAUAGUUGAAACAAAAAAGAGAAACUUAAAAAUAGAAAUUCUGCCAAUGCUUUUUCCUUUCAAUUGUCUCUAGAUUUUGAAACCAAAAACUGA